AGUUUUCUUUACUAGUAGUUGCUUUUUACUAGAACAAACAUGGCGGCAAACACAUUGACAUCAGUUCACAGAGGUUUUAUUGAGAUCUUCCUGCAGUAGUUUGGUAGUAAAGUAAAGGCUUGGUGAGGCUUUAUUUCUCAGUCAUAGUGAUUUAUUUCAUGUAUAGGAGGAGUGUGUGACAUGAGCUGCACGUAGGAACCACUUGUUCGUAGUAACUGUUUCCGGUCGGACUGUAUCGCGGCAGGACCGGAAACAUGGCGUUCAACUUCGGCGGCGCGUCCAGCAACGCGAGUGCGUUCGGGGGGUUCGGCUCCACCUCCUCCGCCGGUGCCGGCACCAACUUCAAUUUCUCCACACCGUCAAACACAGGUGCCAGUCUCUUUGGAAACACUCAGAAUAAGGGCUUCAGCUUCUCGUCCGGUCUGGGCUCCAGCGCACCGGCGGGGAUGGGCUUUGGCGGCGCUCUGGGCAGCACUGGACUGGGCUUCGGAGGAUUCGGUGGGAUCCAGCCCGCUCAGAACCAACAAGGAGGCAUGUUUAACCAGCAGGCGUCUCAGUCCAGUCAGCUCUUUAACACAGCCAGCGCUCUCUCUGCUCCAUCGGUCCUCAACGACGAGCGCGACUCAAUUCUGGCCCGAUGGAACCAGCUGCAGGCCUUCUGGGGAGUAGGGAAGGGUUACUACAGCAGCAGCACACCGCCGGUGGAGUUCAGCCAGGAGAACCCCUUCUGCCGCUUCAAGGCGGUGGGCUACAGCUGUGUUCCUGAUGUGAAGGAUGAGGAUGGUUUAGUGGCUCUUGCUCUCAAUAAGAAGGAAGUUGAGGUUCGCUCUCAGCAGCAGCAGCUGGUUGAAUCGAUGCACAAGGUUCUGGGAGGAAAUCCGACUCUUUCGGUCAACGUGGAGGGAGUGCGAGCGCUGCCCGACGAUCAGGCGGAGAUGAUCAUUUAUCUGGUGGAGCGCUCUCCUAACGGCACGUCGAAGCGAGUCCCGGCGUCCACGCUCUACAGCUACAUGGAGCAGUUGAACGUGAAGUCUGCGCUGCAACAGCUGGGUGUGAUCAUGGCGGUCAGUCGCACCGCACUGACCCCGGCGCAGCUCAAGCAGCUGCUGCAGAACCCGCCCGCAGGUGUGGAUCCCAUCAUCUGGGAACAGGCCAAAGUGGACAAUCCAGACCCAGAGAAGUUGAUUCCGGUCCCCAUGGUGGGCUUCAAAGAGCUGCUGCGCAGACUGAAGAUCCAGGAUCAGAUGACCAAACAGCACCAGACCAGAGUGGAUAUCAUCUCUAACGACAUCAGUGAACUGGACGAGGAACACCUGAGAGUUCAGCUGGAAACCAUCCAAUCAGACCUCAACGCACCGACACAGUUUAAGGUGUGAUCAUCAGCUGAAACACCCA